AUGGAGCUUCCAACAAUUGAGCAACUGAACCUGCAGGCAAACCCAUCUGAGAUAGAGGAAUGGGUCGAACGAUUCGAACUGUGGUGCAGUAUUCGCAAAGGUGGUUCACAGAAUCAAUCAGCUCUAUUUCCUACUGCUGGCGGCUAUGACCUCUACUCCCUGUUGAAAAACCUGGCGUUCCCUGAGGCUCCGGCUAAACUACCAUACGAGUCCCUGAAGUCAACUAUGCACUUACUGCCAGUUGACAUCAGCCCUCCAUCUGAAAUGGAGGCACACGAAAGGGCCAAAUUCAACUCUAUGAUUCGUGCCGAUCAUGUUUCCUGCCGUGACUUCAUCCUGAAGCUGAACAAACAGGCAUCACGUUGCAACUAUGGUGACCGCCUGGAAGAACUACUGUGUGACCGCUUGGUAGCAGUCAUUAAUAAUCUGACUCUCCAACAGAAGUUACUGGAGAAGAAGGAUUUGAAUUUCGCCGAGGCCCGCAAGAUCUGUGGGCAACACGACCUAAUGAGAGCUACCUCCAGCAAAGCAGUCACAUUAUUUCAACGGCAGAAGACACGAACGAACCGGCUUCCAAUUGUCAAGUGUAUACCGAAGCCGCCGCAAGACUCUUCAGGCAACGAGAAACGUAUCAAUCCGUUGCUCUAUGUCCAAUAUGCACGCCCGUUUACAGCGCUUAAUCGUGAAAUGAACGUACAGCCGGUCAAAUUGGUAGUUGACGGAGAGCCCAUUUUUCUGAAACGACGUCUAAUCCCCUAUGGCCAAUGUGAAGGCGUGCUGCAGGCCCUUGAGAAAAUGGAGCGUGACGGCAUAAUCACCCGAGUCACAUCCAGUGCCUGGGCAACGCCAAUCGUGAUUGCGAUCAAAGUGACGGCAAAACACCGCGAAUUUGUGGCGAUUACCGGUUAA